GUGAUGGAAAAGCUAAUUUUAAGGAAAACUUAUUUCCGACUAUUAAUUAGGAAGAGAAUUAGAAGGAAUUGUAUCUUUGAUUAAACACCUCCCACGAUCUAAAUCUAAACUCCCGUAUAAUAAUUUAGAGGAUCUGUAAUUUAUUUGUCUCUCUUCAUAGCGCCGCUUGAAUUCUCUCCCUCAGGACGUCACGUAAGUUUUCCCCCCCUUGAAUCACUCCAGAAUUGAUUCAGCCUUUUGUUUGAAUUUAAUGCUUUGAGAGAUUUUACUACUCCACUUAUAAUGGAAUCACACCGAUGGUUGCCUGGAAACAUGGACCAUCCCUUCCUAUAUAUAAUCAUGCGAGACAUUUAUCAGAUCAACAUCAAACCAGACAUUUUUCAGUUAAAAUAAAAACAUCCGAUUUAAUUCAUCUGUCGCAGUAUCAGCAGCAGGAAAAAGAUACUCGAAGAUGGUAUUGGGAGAAUUAAGAGGGAGUAUUUCCCGUGCAAUCCAGAGUAUCAAUAAGGCCAUCAUAGUCAACGACCAAGUAUUGAUUGAUUGCCUCAACGAAAUCAGCCGCGCUCUUCUUCAAGCAGACGUCCAAUUCAAGCUUGUUCGUGAUGUGCAGGCCAAUAUCAAGUCCAUCGUCGACCUCCACAACCUACCUGCAGGCCAUGACAAACGCAAAAUUAUUCACCAGGCAGUAUUUAAAGCACUCUGUGACAUGAUGGAUCCCGGCAAGCCUUUUUUCACUCCAAAAAAAGGGAAAACAAGUGUCAUUAUAUUUGUUGGUUUGCAAGGUUCUGGAAAGACAACAACGUGUACAAAGUACGCGUAUUAUCAUCAGAAGAAAGGCUGGAAACCCGCUUUGGUAUGCGCCGAUACUUUCAGAGCUGGAGCUUUUGAUCAGCUCAAGCAAAACGCAACAAAAGCUAAUAAGAUUCCUUUCCAUGGGAGUUAUACUGAGACCGAUCCCGUGAAGAUUGCAGUGGAAGGGGUGGAGAGAUUCAAGAAAGAAAACCGUGAUCUUAUUAUUGUUGACACCAGUGGACGCCACAAACAAGAAGCUUCUCUGUUUGAAGAAAUGCGUCAAGUUUGCCAAGCAACCAGUCCAGAUCUGGUCGUGUUUGUCAUGGAUGGAAGCAUUGGUCAAGCUGCGUUUAAUCAAGCUCAAGCUUUUAAGCAAACUGUUGAGGUUGGAGCUGUCAUUGUCACCAAAAUGGAUGGCCAUGCAAAGGGUGGUGGUACUCUUAGUGCAAUAGCAGCAACACAGAGUCCCGUCAUAUUCAUAGGAACAGGAGAACAUAUGCAUGAUUUUGAAGUUUUUGACGUCAAGCCUUUUGUUAGGCGCCUUCUAGGGAUGGGCGACUUCAAAGGAAUCAGGGACAGGCUUCAAGAUGCUGUUCCGGUGGAUCAACAGCCUCAACUUCUAAAAAAACUCUCAGAAGGAAAUCUUACACUAAGAAGCUUUUAUGAGCUAUUGCAGAGCGUUCUGAAACUCGGACCUUUAAACCAGAUGUCCUCAAUGCUUCCGCAAGGCUUUUCCGAAUUAUUAGUUGGCAAUGGGAAAGAAAGCCAAGAAUCAAAGAUUAAACGUUGCACGAUCAUGAUGGACUCGAUGACCAAUCAAGAACUGGAUAACCCAAAAUUGCUUAUGGUGAAUGGGUCGUCCCGAGUAAUGAGGAUUGCCCGAGGGUGUGGUCGCCAGGUUGAAGAAGUAACGGCGAUGUUGCAAGAAUACAAAAAUCUUGCGAAAGGAUUUUCAAAGAUUCCGAAGAAGUCAAAGAACAUAGGGCAACAGAUGAUGAGCAGUUUAAUCCCACCUCAGAUGCUGAAGCAGAUAGGAGGUAUGGGUGGCAUGCAAGCUCUGAUGAGACAAAUGGGCCCAAAUAAUUAACGUAACAUUAUGAAUUACUACGACGAGUAUUUUGUAUUAUAUCGUUCAUUGAACUCGUUUUUUUUAAACUUUUUAGGCUUCAUCCUGAUUGAUUUUUAGAAACACUAAAUAUGAAAAAGGCAAGACAAAACGCUAAGAAGAAUUGAUCGAAAAAGGAUUUACGAUUAAAUUUUAAGAUAUACUAUACGUAGUAUAUUAUCU